AAGCCUGGUCAUCACGCAUGGUGGUGCAACAACCCGCAUAGCCGACGCAUCAGAAAUGGACAAGGUAGUGACAGCACUAGGACUGCCACCUCAAUCGGAACAAACCACCCCAGCUCCGAGACCAAAGACCCCUCACGUCUGGGACUUGGCUAAAGUCAGACCGUUUCAGCUAGCCAGACCCACCACCCCACCCUCCACCGCAUUCAAGGCACAAAGGGCUAACCGGCACCCAACAGGCACCUGA